CUUCUCUCCUCAGUUUGCAUGCACGCAACCUCUCUCUCUCUCUCUCUCUCUUUUUGAAGAUACGUACGAGGCAGAUGUAUCUAUAAUGCAUGAUUCGAUUCUGGAAUGUUUAUUUUGAUCUGUAAGUUAAUGCUUUUCUCAAAUGAGUUUACGAUUGUCUUUUAGAUCCUAUGCAGAGAAAUAUAGUCAACUUUUGCAGAAUUCUCAGCUAUUCUUUUUUUCUUUUUCAUGGUUUAUAAAUUGGGUAAAUGCGAGAAACCUUAGAUCUUUCAUGAUUUUGAUUUGUUUGGUUUGGUUUUUUAUUGUGGUUAAUUUAAGUUGGUUUUGUUUUUUGAAUCGGAGUUUUGUUAGCUCGAAUCAAUUAGCGUUUGGAACUUUUACAACAUUGAACUUGGCUGUGGGAGUUUUGUGGAAUUUAGGGUUGCAGUUGAGUAGAUGGCUUCAGGUCCUCCUCCAUUUCAGGUGGAGGAUACUACAGACGAGGAUUUCUUUGAUAAAUUAGUGAAUGAUGAUGAUGACGUAGUCUUUAAGGUCACCACCACAUCAUCGGCAUAUGUGCCUCUGUUUUCCUCAAAUGGGAAUAAAUCUGACGAGGUUAAGGCCCUUGCAAAUUUGAGGAUCGAUGAGAUUGAUAGUAAUGGUGACGUUAAUUGUGAUAAUGUUGGCACUAGUAACCAUAUCGGAAUUGAUAAUCGAAGCACAAAAAUUGGGAAAGUUGAACAAAUUAAUAACUUAGGAGCUCCGAGGCAAAGUGGAAAUCCAUCAAUGUUGUCAAAUUAUUUGGAGUUUGAGAGUCUUAUUCACCAAUCGGAAAAUGAAGAUGGAGGUACUGAAGUUUUAUCGGAUACUACAGUUGUGAGUAAAAGUAGUGGUGAGGGUUUUUCUGAUAUAACUGUCGUGAGUAAGAUUAGUGGUGAAUCAGGGACUCCAGGAGUUAAAGAAGUGGGAUGGAGUGCAUUUCAUGCUGAUUCAGCCAAAGGUGAUGGUAAUGGAUUUGGAUCAUACUCAGACUUUUUCACCGAAUUGGGAGGAGAGAAAAGUGAUGGUGCUUUUGUUGAGGUGGUCGGGCAUACUAUAAAUAAUGGGCCAGAUGUUUCUAUUGGUAAUGAUAUACAUAGGUCCGCUUAUGUCGAGAACUUUAAUAGCUUUUGGCAGUACAAUGAGGGAUACAAUAAUGAUGUAGCAACAGAUCAGAGUUCAGGUGCACAUGAUUUGAAUAGUAGUCAGUACUGGGAGAAUCAGUAUCCAGGUUGGAAGUAUGACCUAAGUACCGGACAAUGGUAUCAGGUAGAUGGUUAUGAUGUCAGUUCCAAUAUGCAAGCAAACGUUGGCUCUAAUUUAUCUUCUACUUGGGGGUUGGCUAAUGAGUUGGCUGAGGUCUCUUACUUGCAACAAACUUCUAAAUCUGUUCCUGGAACUAUGGCUGAGAUAGGUACAACUGAGAGUGUAACUAAUUGGAAUCAAACCUUAGAAGAGAGUAAUGGCACCUCCCCAAUUUCAUCAGACUUGAAUCAGGUUUCCCAAGAUAAUAAUAAUUAUCCACUUUAUAUGGUGUUUGAUCCUCAGUACCCUGGAUGGUAUUAUGAUACUGUGGCCCAAGAAUGGCGCAUUUUGGAAUCAUACACUACAUUAGUCCAGUCUACUCCUCAAGUUCAGGAAGAGAUGCAUGGGGGUGGAUAUGCAUCAAGUGAUACAUUCUAUCAAAAAGAUGAUGAGAAGACAAACCUCACAAAUGAUCAAAGUAAUAGUUAUAGCACUCAAGGCUUUGGCAGCCAAGUCCAGGAUCAGACUUGGACUCAAUCUGCCAGCAAUUAUGGUCCACAGGGCUCAAGCAUGUGGCAACCUCAAAAUGUUGCCAGGAGAGAAUCAACUCCACAGUACAUUGGAAACCAACUAAGUGAAGAUCACCAUAAGCAUAACUUUACUGUGAUUCCUCAUGAGAAUGGACAAAAUACCACUAAUUAUAAAGCUUCAUAUUAUGAGAAUGCAAGUCAAGGUCAGAACGAAUUUUCCAUGUCUUCUGGGUUGCUAGGUUUUCCUGGUGGAAACUUAACUCAACAAUACAAUGAUUCCAAAAUUAACCAAAAUGACCAAAAACAUGUCUUAAAUGACUACUACAACAAUAAAAAUUCAGUCAACUUUCCUAAGCAACACAAUCAGAGUGCUCAAAUCUCCUAUACUCCUGCUACUGGAAGGUCAUCUGCAGGUCGUCCUGCACAUGCUUUGGUUGCGUUUGGUUUUGGUGGAAAACUCAUUGUGCUGAAAGACAGUAGCUCUACCGAAAAUUUUAACUUUGGAGGCCAGAAUAAUGUAGGAGGUUCAAUAUCGAUUCUAAACUUAGCAGAAAUUGCGAAUCACUACUCUAAUUCUUCAAACAAUGUUAUGGGUGUUUACAAUUACUUCCAAGCUCUCUGUCAGCAAUUUGUUCCAGGUCCUCUUAGUAGUGGAAGUAUUGGAGCUAGGGAAUUGAACAAAUGGAUUGACGAAAGAAUAGCAAAUCUUGCUGAUAUGGAUUAUCGGAAGGCUGAAGUUUUAAAGAUGCUUCUAUCGCUGCUUAAAAUAGCUUGUCAGUAUUAUGGAAAACUUCGAUCUCCUUAUGGUACAGAUACUAUAUUGAAGGAAAAUGAUUCUCCAGAAUCAGCAGUAGCCAAAUUGUUUGCAUCUACCAAAAGAAAUGAUUUGCAGUUUAGUCAAUAUGGUGUUUUUUCCAAAUGCUUGCAGCAGAUACCGUCUGAAGAACAAAUGCAGGUCACUGCCACUGAGGUUCAAAGUCUUCUGGUUUCUGGAAGGAAGAAAGAGGCUUUGCAAUGUGCCCAAGAGGGACAGUUGUGGGGUCCUGCCCUUGUUCUUGCUGCACAACUUGGUGAUCAGUUCUAUGUUGAAACUGUCAAGCAAAUGGCAUUGCAUCAGUUUGUUGCAGGGUCACCUUUGCGAACAAUAUGCUUGCUAAUUGUUGGUCAACCAGCUGAUGUGUUUUCAGCUGAUAACACAACUAUCAGUAACAUGGUUGGUGCUAUAAAUAUACCUCAACAACCAGCUCAGUUUGGUACAAAUGGCAUGCUGGAUGACUGGAAAGAGAAUCUGGCAGUGAUAACUGCAAAUAGGACAAAGGAUGAUGAACUUGUGCUUAUGCAUCUUGGAGAUUGUUUGUGGAAACAAAGAAGUGAUAUAAUUGCUGCUCAUAUAUGCUACUUGGUUGCGGAAGCAAGCUUUGAACCAUAUUCAGACACUGCAAGAAUGUGUCUAGUUGGUGCUGAUCAUUGGAAAUAUCCACGGACUUAUGCCAGUCCAGAGGCUAUUCAGAGGACAGAGAUAUAUGAAUAUUCAAAGAUGCUUGGAAACUCUCAGUUUGUCUUACUUUCAUUUCAACCAUAUAAGCUUAUAUAUGCUCACAUGUUGGCGGAAGUUGGGAGGAUCUCUGAUGCAUUGAAGUACUGUCAAGCAGUUAUUAAAUCUCUCAAAACUGGUCGAACUACAGAGGUGGAGACUCUAAAACAUUUAGUUUCGUCACUUGAGGAAAGGAUCAAAGCUCACCAACAGGGGGGAUUUUCCACAAACUUAGCUCCUAAAAAGUUGGUAGGUAAAUUGCUCAACCUUUUUGAUACUACUGCCCAUCGUGUCGUUGGUAGUAUACCACCAACAGUGUCAGUAGCAAGCGACAAUGCUCAAGUUAACGAGAAUUACCAGUUACUUGGACCUAGAGUAUCGACUAGCCAAUCGACAUUGGCUAUGUCGUCACUAGUACCUUCUCAAUCUUCAGAGCCCAUAAGUGAUCGGACAACUAAUAGCAAUAGAAUGGUAAUGCACACAAGAAGUGUUUCAGAACCUAACUUUGGGAGAAGUCCAAGGCAGGGUCAUACUGAUUCAUUGAAGGAAGCAAGUUCAACAAAUGUGGAAGACAAAGCAUCAACAAUUGGUGGCACAUUUGGCUUUGGUAGUUUUGGUUUUGGUUCUCAACUAUUGCAAAAGACUGUAGGAUUAGUGCUUAGACCCCGACAAGGUCGCCAGGCGAAAUUGGGUGAAUCUAAUAAGUUCUAUUAUGAUGAGAAACUCAAGAGAUGGGUAGAAGAAGGUGUCGAACCUCCAUCAGAGGAAGCAACACUUCCACCCCCACCACCAACUACAGUUUUCCAGAAUGGAACAUCAGAUUACCGCUUAAAGAGUGCACUGCAAAAUGAAGUUUCUCAUACCAAUCGAAGUCCAGAAUCUAAAAGCCCGAAGAUUGUGGAUAGUAGUUCAGGAAUACCACCGCUUCCUCCGACCUCAAAUCAAUACUCAACACGUGGAAGGAUGGGUGUACGAUCUAGGUAUGUCGAUACCUUCAACAAAGGUGGUGGGAAUGCAACAAAUUUGUUUCAGCCACCGUCUGCUCCAUCAGUCAAACCAACAACUGGAGCCAACCCAAAAUUCUUUGUUCCCACUCCAGUACAUAUUGUUGAUCAUCCCGUUGAGGCUUCUGCAAAUGACAUGCAUGACACAUCAACUCAUGAAAAUCAUGCAUCCUCUACUUUAAGCGACUCAUUCCACUCACCUACACAUCAAUGUUCUGCUACAAUGCAAAGAUUCGCAAGCAUGGCCGAUAUCUCUAAUCAGGGGAUGAGUAAUAAUGGCUCCUCCUCUUCACACUCACGACGCACAGCAUCAUGGAGUGGAAUCUCUAAUAAUUCUUUUAGUGAUCCAAACAGCGCUGACAUAAAACCGUUGGGAGAGGUGUUAGGUAUGCUCCCCUCACCAAUCAUGCCAAGUGACCCUUCUGUAGCACGCUCGUCAAUGAGUGGUGGUGGAGAUGAUCCUCAUGAAGUGAAACUCUGAUAAAUGCUACGACAUGUAAAUAGAAAAUAUUUCCAUGCAGCCACAGUCCUCAAGUCUCACAAAUUAUGUCGUGGGGACUUUGGCGAAAUGAGAUCCCUUAUUUUCUCUUUUAUCCUAUUUGUUAUAUUUAUAUAUAUGAAUAGUUGUAUUUUAAAUGUCAGUUGUCACUUAGUUGUUUCUUAUAGAGAAAUAG